AUGGAGAUACCGAUGAAAGCGGCGGCUUCCGGCCUCCUCCUAUGGCUACUUUUCACGCCUUGUGGGUCGGUGUCGCCUAUGCUUGGAGUUGGACUUGAAGCGGAUGAAUGUUGGGUCCUAAGUCAUGUGUACUACUACUACUGCAUGAGGACUGCCAAAUGCAGGAGAGUUUGCCAAGAGCACCAGUUCAUUGACGGGCGCUGCUGGUGGAAGUUUCCUUAUUUGGUGCCCUUGUGCGAGUGCUUGCGCCCGGAAUGCGCUCCUCCGACAAUACUAGAUCCUUAA